UCUCUCCGUGCGGUGUACUCAUGAACUCGAUUUACCACCUAUUCAAGUCUCCCGAAGAGGUGCCUGCGAAGUGGAUCUUGUCUUUGAUACCGGCUUACUCUGAAAGCGAAGAGCAGAUUGUGAAAUGUAUUUACUCACUCCGAGACAAUGGCGUAGAGCCUCACAAACAAGUCAUGUGCGUCGUGCUGGAUGGAAAGCCACGAGACAUCAAAUCACACUUCACUGAUCAUCGCGAGUUUCAAAAGGCCCUACGUCUCCUUCAAACAUCGACUAGGGGAGCUUGUCAUCCACGCCGGCUUCAUGGAGGAUGUGCCUGUGAUUGUGAUUGAAAAGAAGAAGAACGGAGGGAAGAAGGACUCCCUCAUUCUAGCGCAUGAUCUGUUCAACUAUCCUCGGAAAAAUAUGCCACUAUACACAAAACUGUUACGAGAAGAGAUGUGGGAGCAUGUUAUACCCAUCUUGACAGAGGGUGAAGAUUUCAGUGGCUUUGAUACGGUGUUUUGCAGAGAUGCAGACUCGGUUAUUCACAACGGUGCCUUGGCAUCCCUCACAAACGCUCUCGCUCGAGACAAGAAUUCUAUUGCUGCCUGCGGUUUGGUUCUGGUUGAAUCAGAGCCAGGCAGCGAAUGGUCGGUAUGGAACUUGUAUCAGCAGUUUCAGUAUACCUUUGGCCAAUAUGUGCGUCGGAGAGCAGAGCACUUCUGGGGCAAAGUCACAUGUCUUCCAGGCUGUAUUACCAUGAUCAAGGUCAGACCUGAAUGUGCAGGUGCCAUAGAGAAGUACGCGGAAGCCAUCACGGUCAUGCCCGUUGCCCACCAUCAGGUCCAAUACCUUGGAACAGAUCGGCGCCUGACAUACUCGCCACACUCUCAGAGCAAGAAGCUCACCACUAUGUUUGUGCCCGAGGCUGUCAGCGAGACUGUUGCGCCGCAGAGCCUGAAGCACUAUCUCAGCCAAAGGCGACGAUGGGGGUCUAAUGCCUACUUCAACAACUACUUCUACGUGAUGGGUGAAAACAUAAUCAUCAUCACACGAAUUGCGGCAUUUAUCGAGAUCCUACGUCUCAGCAUGGUUUACUAUCGGUUUGCCAACACGAUUCUGUUUGUGAAGUACAUUGUCGAGCAGUGCCUCAACGGAACCUUCGACACUAUGAAACUUGUCCCUUUGUUGAUCGUCAGUCAGUUGCCAUUGUUGUGGUACUGCAUUUCCAUAGUCCUGGAGAUACCGCUGAGGGUGCGCGCGCAUAAGCUCAUUCUCGGAUUCUUCAUCAACAAAUGCGUGUCGCCUUUCAUGUCCAUGACGAUCUUUUACAACGUUGCUCGGAACGUUGGGUCACAAGUAUGGGGCAUGUCCGGCGUAACGGCCACAUCGUCGAUUGCUCCAGCGGCUCCCAUACCAACAGUCGAAGUUCCGGCUGUGGCCGUUCCUGCUGGGAGGAAUUCGACAUCCAUUUCUGAUGCUGCUGAGACCCUCGUACCUGCAGCUGCACUACCAGGCCCCGAAGCAGCUGCGAUCGCUGCAGCUCCGCUUGACCGUGUUCCAACCAUUGAGGUCCCUGCAAUUGCGUUACCGGUUGUUGCAGUCCAAGUAGCUUCUGCUCCAAAGCUAAAAAGAGUCAGCUUUGCAGAUAAAGGACCGCAGUAG